AUGGCGGCGGUUCGAUUCGCAGCGAGGAGGUUCACUGGCCAGCAAUCGCAGGCGAUUCUUAGGUCGGCCGUUGCGAAUGAACAAGCGGUGCUCAACCGCGGCGGCUCGCCCGCCUAUGCUCUAUGCCGGUUUACCUCCUCCGAGGUUUCUGCUACCAAGGGACAUAGAAUCAACACCGAGCAUCCUUCUGUUUCAGGGGAUAUCCUUAUAAGGAUUGCUCAUCAGAAGAAAAAGGAACUCUUCGAUCUGCUCACUGAGAUACAGAUGAAUAAUGAUUUUCCUUACAUAAUGAGAAUGCGAGACAGGCGGCUGCUCCAGCGUCUUGCCACACAUGUUGACCGCAGAGCUGUUAACCCUGAAUGGCGCCGGUAUUCUCGAGAAUAUUUAAUCAAUUCUCUCUUGCGUAAAGGAGCAACUAUCUUAGCUUUCCUUUAUAUGUCUGACUGCUGGAGUUCAUAUUUUGACCGGAAGAAGCAAGUUGAGGGAGCUGACAGCAACAGCAAAUCCAGUGGCUCUGGUGCAGAAACAAUUGUAGAAGAAUAGUUUAUGUUUGUGAG